CUUCAUUCACCAUAUAACAUAAUAUUAGCAUCAAAAGUGUACUCCAAGACUAUAUCUUUACCUACUAAUAAAGCACACAUUGACUCUGUUGAGUUCACCGUCAUGGUGUGUUUGCCGAAAAGUCCAUAUAGUUUUUCAUAAUUGAACCCGCAGUCCUUCUGUAAGUGAAUUUUUGAGAAAUGAUUCAUUUUUACAAAAGACCCUCUAUUAAACCAAAACGACCAAAUCAAUCCUCCGCCUCCUCCCCUGCUCUCGCCAUCGCCUACACAACUCCACCCAAUCCCUCGAUCGCUCGACGAGAUCCAAACAUCUACGACAGCCGGGAGUGGAUCGCGCGGGAGUAGGAGUUUGGCGUGUGCAGGCUAAAGGUGGUCGCCAUUCUCGUGGAUCUGCCGUCCAUCAUGCAGGUCAGCAACUGCCGCAGCCGCCACCAGCGGCAGCAGGCGCGGCCGGAGAUCCCCUCCUAGGGCCUGCACCGGCCAAGCAAGGCCCCGGUGGAGCCGCCGGCCGAGAAGCCUGUGGCUGAUGACGAAUGGAGCAAGGGCAUCGCCAGCCCGAACUCCCCGCUCGCCUUCCCCAAGGGCGACGAGCACGACGAGGCGGCGGCGGUGGAUGACGAGGCCAAGGCCAGCGCGCAGGACAAGAUGAGCCACCGGGCCGCGAGAUCUGCGCCCGCCCGCCUCCCUCCGCCAAUUCGGCCCGUGGGGAGGAGGCUGCUCUCACUCCUGCCGAAUGCUCGCCUCACGCGCGAAUAUGGACAAGGCCAAUUCUGACUUUUGGAAAGUGAAAUAUGACCACGAAGCUGCCAACAAGGCGAAAAUCGCCGCCAUGAAUGCCAAGAAAACGACCCGGAGAUUGAAGAAGAAAAAGAAGACCACUGCUGAAGAUUUGAUCAAACUUGAUGACACAUCUAACUCGGAGGUAGCCCUUGAUUCCCUUGGCCAAUUUUUUAACAAUCUUAUUGACACUGAUCCUUACCAGGAUGACACUGGGGCCAGUCAGGUCGGGGAAGCUGAGCAACAUGAAAGCCGCCGUGAAGCUGGGUUUGAAGAUGAACCGGCUAUCGUCCUUCAACAAACUCCUCAGAAACGUCCGAAUGAGGAGGUGUCUCAUUCCUCUGGUGACUCUUCACAAACCCAAUUCCCGGCUUUCAAGACUGCUCCCGGCGGCCAAGCUAAAUCAAAAAAGGCGAAGGAAGCAAAAUCGGCGGAAGACCCGCCAGUACUGGCAUCUGACCCGGCUAGGCCGCCUUCUCCAUUAACUGACGCUCCAGAAGAUCCGCCUAUUGACAAUGAAGCAAAAUCCUCCGGAGCCGUCUUUUGACGAAGCCACUGUGAAUCCUUCUACAGCUGGACCAUCAAGCUCAACCGACCCGCCGUCUCCACCUGCUCAAGAUGUUCAAAUUACUGGGAGCCACUUUGUUGAGCCGGGAAACCCAACGGUUCUAGCUCGGUGCACAGGGAAGCAAGAGGCAUUGGAGAGGCAGAAGGUUCGCUUUGACGUUGCCAACUAUGACCGUCUCAAUGCCAGUGACAUUUUAUCCGGCUAUCUCAGUCAUGUACACUCCAGUCGCGAGUCUGAGAUCGACAUGGUCAAGCAGCUUCAGUUGAAGUAUGAGAAUGCCUUGUCUGAGUUGAACUCUCAAUUGACUGACGCAAAGACCCGGCUAGCAAGUCAGGAGACAUAAAUCAAAUCUUCUAACUCCAAACUGCAAAUAAGCCUCUCUACAACGGAAAAUUUGAAGACCAGCUUUGCUGCCAAGGAGAAAACUUGGGAAAAGGAAAAGACACUUCUGACCCAAUGAGCUGAGACAGCCGAAACAGCUUUGAAAGAGAUUUCAACAGAGCUAAACGGGUUAAAGGGGAGGGUGUCUCAGAUGGUAGCUGCUAUCUUUGGUCCUCGAAGCAAGAAUCUGAGCCAAGUCCCGUUGAUUAAACUGAAGGGAGUAUAUACUUUAGUUGAACAAUUGUAUAUCGGCGCACAACGGGCUCUGGCCACCAUCUCUCCUGCUAACCAAGGACCCAACCGGCUCAGCGACGUCCUGAAAAAGCUGUCCAUCCUUCCUGCCAGGUUCCGAGAAGUAAAACGCUCCUGUGCGUGAGCCGGAGCCUUGACUGCCCUAAGCCGCUCCAAGGCUUGGGUGCCAGAUCUAGACCCGGCAAACAUAGCAAGAGGCUAUCCCACCGUGAAAGAGGACGGGUCUCCCUUUGAUCAGGAUGACUUCAUGGCUUGUGUACGCGGAGUCCGGCCUCAGGCGACUAGCCUUGGUGAUGACACCAAUGUUGAUAAGUACCAGCCGGUUUUUGAUAGUGAGAAUAAGAUGGCCACUCCCUCAUACAAAGUAACAGACUUGAUCCCACCAGUGAGAGAAGAUACAUUUGCUCCGGAGGUUGACCCGGUCGGCCUGAUCAAUGACGAAGCCGAAUUCAUCGCCGUGAAUGGCUUUGACUGGUCAAAACCCAACUUCCAGCAAACAGAAGGUGGUGAACCGGCGAGGGAGGGACAAUGAUCAUAUUCAUGGGCUUAUAAAGCCUUGUAAUAACUUAGUUGCUAAAACACCGCAUGUUUGCUUAUGCCAUCGCGCAUAAAAUACUUCUAUGUGAAUCUGUAUUUCCAGAUGCCAAUGCAUGCAUCGUUUAA